AUGCUACGAACUCAUUCCGUCUAUGAUCAUUUGAACAUUGGUGUUGACCGCGAUCCAAAGUGGACUGAUACCUGGACCGAAGACUUUGACCUGGAUAUCCUGCCCUCGGCUCUUGAGCUGAUGGAGAACCAAGCCAACGGCCAAAUGAGCCCUUACACGCUAAAAUAUCCAAUGCCUCAAGGUCUGCAGAGCCUUGAUCAACAGCUGCCCCUACGAUCCCACAGCCCCCUCGAUGCUCCCAAUGCCUGGACGUCAAAUUUCCAUGGGCCCAGUGGACAGAGUGCGUCACAUCCAUCUUCCUUUGGACCAAGCCCGCCUUCCGUGCCUCCGUCCCUUAAGAUACCGGACUCUGUUCCUCAUGCCCCGUCAUGGCACGGUAGUGGAGCCGCAAACGAUUUUGACGCCCCCUCUACCAUCGACCCAGGAAGUCCUCCUACACCCGCAGCUCGUUCUGACAUAGACGUCAAAGUGGCCCCUCCAUCUGAUUCCUCCUGGACGAGUGGACCAUCCAUCUCCACCUUUCAUCAGCGACGUCGAUUCUUAGACUUCAAACAGGAAAGGCCGGAUCACUUUGCAUCCGGAGGUGGGGUCUCCCUUCCACAGAUCCUCCCACCAGUGGAAGACAGACCUUAUCACUGGGAUGCUCAUGUUAACUCGAGUAACUGGCCAUACGGUCGUCCAGACCUGAAUCCAGCUCACCAUCAUUCAUUCCAAGCAAUGGAACGUGAUCUUGGGGAGGUUGAGGGCCCCACAGUGAGCCCGAGCGCACUGCAACCGCAGGAGCAACCAGCCAUGGCGGAAGGAGAGCAAGAAGAUGAUCCGAAUGAUGAUAUGGAAGAUGCUCCAUAUGAAAGCGAUGACGAAGAGUACCGACCAGGAACAGCCCCGUCCCAAAUUUCUGGACGCCGGAAUCCCAGAAGGACUCAAAUUCAAGGAUCCCAGAGCAGCCGCAAACGUCAGCCCGCCCGUCAGAAGGACAUGAUGAAACCUGUACGUGAUGACGCCUAUCGCAUCACUAAGUCUCACUCCACCACCCAUCCGACCUCCUCCUUGACACAGCCUAGAGACUCCUCUACCUAUCCCUGCACCCACUGCCACAAACCCUUCUCCUCCCCUUCCACCCUGCACAAGCACACCCUUACCACCCAUACUCGCCCUUUCAUCUGCACUUUCGCACGCUAUGGAUGCCCUCAAACCUUUGGCUCUAAGAACGAAUGGUCCCGACACAUCAAAGUGCAGCACCUCCGUCUCGAAGUUUGGCGCUGCGACAUUGACAAGUGCGCGACCGGCCUCAAUUCAAAUCACAACUAUAGUCUCCCUAGUGGAAACGGUGGGGAGCGAUCACACGAUUUUGAUCGUAAGGACCUGUUUACCCAGCAUCUCCGCCGCAUGCAUCAGGAUCUCUACACCAAGGGCUACUUGAACGCUCAUUUUGGGGGCGCGAAACAACAGCUUGAGAGCACCGUGCAACGGCGUUGCCAUCUCAUUCUAAGGCAAACACCCACAGGGACGAUGUGCCCCUAUUGCGACAACGCCUCACCAGCGGCGACACCAAGAGGCCAUCGCCAUGGCAGUGCUCCCCAUACCCGUACUGGCGGCGGUACCCCAGGAUUCGAUACCUGGGAGAACAUGCUCGAGCACGUGGCCCGUCAUCUUGAGAAAGGGGAUGGAGCGGGAAAUCCAGGGAAAGAAGACCUGAAUCUCAAGAACUGGUUGAUGAAGGAGGAAUUGCUGCAGUGGCGGCACGAUAUGGGGAGUUGGAGAAUCGUUGGGUGUGAGGGCAAGAAGAGUAACACCGCUAGCACUGCUUCUGGUGGCGUUGGUGGAGGAGGAGGAGGGAGGGGUGGUGCUAUCGGUGCAGGAUUGAGAGGAAAGCAGAAUACGAGGGAUACGAGGGCAAGGAGAAGAAGGAUUGUGAAGCUUGAAGAUGAUGAGGAUGACGAGGAAGAGGUGGAUGCUGAUUAUGAUGACUACUAA